AUGGCGUCCCUGGACGAGGAGAUGACCUGCUCGGUGUGCAGAGACAGCUUCAGCCACGCCCACCCGCUGCCCUGCGGCCACAGCUUCUGCCCCGCCUGCGUCCGCGAGGCCUGGAGAGACCAUGAGGGAGGAACAGGUCGCUUCACCUGCCCCCAGUGUCAGGAGGAGCGAGGGGAGGUGCUGUGCGACUCCUGCCCUCCCCAGGCAGAGGAUGGACAGCCAGCGCUGGCCAUGAAAACCUGCCUGAGGUGUGAGGUGUCGCUGUGUGCCCAGCACCUCCAGCCUCAUCUGGAGAGGCCAGCGUUCAGCACCCACCUGUUGGUGGAUCCUCUGGGAGACAUCUCCCAAAGAAGGUGCCCGACGCACGCAGAAAUCUUCCGCUACUACUGCGCCGAUGAGAGGGCCUACAUCUGUGGAGACUGUCUGCUGGAGGGAAGCCACGCUCAGCACAAAGUGAAGGCUCUGAGACACGUGGAGGAGGAUCUGAAGGUUAUUCUUCAGACGCUGCUCAUAAAAGCAGAGGAGAAGCUGAAAGACGGAGAGCAAAUCCUCAAAGACUAUGAGAACGUGGAUUCCACCAUGGCUGACUCCCUGAAGCAGGACGACACUCAGGUGGAGCGGCUCGGCUCAGAGCUGCAGGUCCACGUCAAGAGGCUGGUGGCGGCUCUGAGGGACAUCACCAAGAAGGAGAGGCAGCAGGUCAUAGAGCGAGUUCACCAAGACUGCUGCAAGGUGAAGGACGACAUGAGCCAGACGCUGAGCAUCCAGCACUACCUGUCCUCGCUGCUGGCAGAGACCGACCCCUUCCUGCUCAUCUGGGCCUUUCAAUCAGAGGACACCAAGUUGUUAGCCAACCUGAACGGUCCAGUCUUCAUCCCUGACCCCAUCAGCCUGGACAGAAAACACAUCCUGGAGGACAUAGAGAACAACUACCGAGAGUUCAUCAACGCCACCCUGCGCUGCCUCAGCGAGCUCAAGAGGGAGCUGUUGACCAGUCCUUUGACUCUGGACACAAACACAGCUCAUCCACUACUGAGCAUCUCCGACGACCUGCGUUCGGUCACGCGGGUUAAAACCCGGCUGCCCUGCGCUGCUCACGCCGAGCGCUUCGACCACUGGCCUCAGGUCCUCACCGUCCAGACCUUCUCCUCCGGGACUCACUACUGGGAGCUGGAGGCGGAGGGAUUCUGGGAUGUCGGCAUCUGCUAUCGAAGUAUCGGACGGAAGGGCAAAGAGGGCAACGCCUUUGGUAACAACAAGGUGUCGUGGAGCUUGACUCAGCAACAUGACAAAAAGCUGGCAGCCUGGCACAACCGCAGGAAGACCCGCCUCACCAACCAAAUGGCCGGCAACCGACUGGCCGUAGCGGUGGACUACAGCGCUGGUACCAUCACCUUCUCCGAGGUGGGACCUUCUAACAACCUGAUCCACCUCCACACUUUCUCCUCGACCUUCACUCAGCCGCUGUGUUUGGGCUUCGGACUCUACAAAGCUGAGCUCAACAGUCGCGUCUCCAUCAUCAAAGUCUGA